AUGCCAGACAUCGACCCCGCGGCUUUGAGCCGUCCAUCCGUCAGCCUCUCGACGCCGAUUUUAUCCAACAAGACACUUGCUGGGUCUAUUUCUGGUGCGCCAAAGAUAGCAAAGUCAAGUCAGAUCAUUCCCGCCCGAAUUGAUCUCGAACCGCUAUAUACUGUUCUCAAAGCUGCCAUUGGCAACGAAAAAUGGGCAAUAUAUAAAGAAUCAACGACCGAGUUCCUGAUAGGACGCUUGAAUCAGACCGAAUAUUCUGAACGAAUAGACCCUAUUCUCGCAGGCCCAGGGGACAAGGAACACCUACACAAUAAUCUCAUUGCCGCCAUAUACGGAAAUGUUACUCGAGAGAUGCCCGAUCAAGGGCUGGCCCCCUGGGUCAGCGCCAACGAUAAGCCUGCGGCGACGACAGGGACCAAGCCAGUGUCCGGGGAUGCCACGGAGCGGAGAUUGAAGGGAGACGUAAUGCAACUGCCAACCCGAGAUCGCAGGCGCAUCAAAGAUUUGGUCCAGAACGAUGUCAGUGUCUCCAUGCUGCCUCCUAUCCAACUGCUGACCAGUAACAAGUGGGAUCCUCACGAGAGCAUAUCCAACGUCUUUGCAGACACACGUCGCAAACUUUCUACAGUAACAGAUGCCACCCCGACGGUAGGAGGCAUAAACAACAUGAAUUUCGAUUUAGAAAUUCGAAAACGGUAUGCUCAGCCUUUGGCGGUCGAAUCAGGCGAGUUUCCUGAUAUUAAUAUGAUCUCCGGCCGAAUGCUACCCUCUUGCUAUGAGGCAGGACUGGUCAAUGGGCACACAGUGGAUGCUCCCCAAUUUCUCUCUGUAGCUGUGGAAACUUUUAUCAAGGAGGUCCUUACACAGGUCUUCAGCCGCACGCGGAGUAAUGGACCUGGUGAAUCAGGUAGUGCUGGGUUUGGUGUCGGGACGACAUGGAUUCAAACGCACAAGUACAAGCGACAGCUGGAAUACGAAGAAGAAGCUGCGAUGCGAGGCGAAAUCUCCAGAGACAAGAGCGGGCUUUUGCCGAUUGAAUCUAGGGCUGCGAGCGAAAGAGGCCCCUUGGGGAUGUCUGAUCUUCGCCUUUCCUUAGAGAUGGCGGACACAGGCAUGGCACAGUUCCCUGUGUUAAUGACACAGGUUAUGUAUGGAUACCGGGAAGGGGAGCUGGAGAAUUGGGAUGACUAUACCUGGGUGUAUGAUCAGCCACCUGAAGCCUACACAGGCGCGAAACAUGAUUCAGAGGCAAACGGAGGACAUGUUUUUGAGCUUGCGAAUGGUUACCCUGACGCCAUGGAUAUAGACACGGAAGCAUGGUGGGAAGGUGCGGAAAGUCAGGACGCUGAUAUGCUGGAUGGCAUAUUGGACUCGUGCCUUGCAGCAGGGUCCUGA